CGGCAGACGCCGUAGUCGUCCCACAGGCUCGGCCCGACUCUUUCUGCGCUGGCUGACAGUGUACAUCGCGGUGCGCGGUCGGUGGGCGGAUCUGGCGCCUCCCACGCCUGACUCCCGGCCUCUGCAGUCAGACCCCCGAGGCAGAGAGAGUGUCGCUUUCUCUGUCUUCAGACUCCUGCAGUGGCCCCUGAGUUAAUGCUCCCUCUUGCGAUUGCUCCAGCGCCCGGGUGCAGGCCGAGCAGCCCCUGUUUUCUGCGGACCAGGCGGGUGGGUGCGCGUCCUUCCUCCUCCUCGUUCUCCCCCCGCACUCCCGCAGCCCCCGCCCCCUCGCGCCGCGUCUCCUCCCCGGCUGCGGGCAGACCGCUCCACACCGCCGCAGCGCAUCGCGUGUGGACGGCCUACGAGAGGCACACACGCCCACAUCCACUCCGCCACCGCUGCCCAGCAUGUCGGCGCUCGAGUGGUACGCCCACAAGUCCCUGGGCGACGGCAUCUUCUGGAUUCAGGAACGCUUCUAUGAGUCGGGCAACCGUGCCAACAUCUGGCUGGUGCGCGGCUCCGAGCAGGACGUGGUGAUCGACACGGGCCUGGGGCUGCGCAGCCUCCCGGAGUACCUGUACUCCUCCGGCCUCUUGCAGGACCGCGGGGCCAAAGAGGACUCGGCGUGCCGGCCGCUGCUGGCCGUGGCCACCCACGUGCACUUCGACCACUCCGGCGGCCUGUACCAGUUCGACCGGGUGGCGGUGCACCACGCCGAGGCCGAGGCGCUGGCUCGCGGGGACAACUUUGAGACCGUGACCUGGCUGUCGGAUAGUGAGGUGGUGCGGGCGCCCAGCCCUGGCUGGAGGGCCAGGCAGUUCCGAGUGCAGGCGGUGCAGCCCACCCUCAUCCUGCAGGAUGGGGAUGUGAUCAAUCUUGGUGACAGACAGCUCACUGUUAUGCACAUGCCUGGUCACUCCAGGGGCAGUAUUUGCUUACAUGACAAAGACCGAAAGAUUCUCUUCAGUGGAGACGUCGUGUAUGAUGGAUCACUGAUUGACUGGCUCCCGUACAGCAGGAUAAGUGACUAUGUUGGAACCUGUGAACGUCUGAUAGAAUUAGUCGACAGAGGUCUGGUAGAGAAGGUGCUUCCUGGGCACUUCAAUACCUUUGGCGCUGAAAGGCUUUUUCGAUUGGCUUCUAACUAUAUUUCAAAAGCCGGGAUAUGUCACAAAGUUUCUACUUUUGCGAUGAGAUCUCUUGCAAGUUUAGCCUUACGUGUAACAAAUUCUAGGACCUCACCUUAGUAUCUAUACUAUUAAUCUAUUUUGAUUAAUUCUCUAAGUUAAUCCAAUUCAUUUUGUGCUGUUUAAAAUGAUGAAUAGUGAGCAUUUCAAGAAGUGCUUUUAUACUACUAUUGUAUAUUAGAGGAAAAAAGGUUGAGAAUGAAUAAGCCAAAAAAGAUGUGCUUAGUUUAACUUUUUUUUCUUUCUUCCAAAUAAGAAACCACUUAAAUAAGUUUAUAUCGUACCAAAGCUGUCAUCUGGUAAUAUUUUCUCUAGAAAUGAUAUAGAAGUAUAUGUGGAAGCAAGGAUGCAUUUUACAGUAAGAAAAAGAACUAUCUUUGCAUCCCAUUUGUCUUAUUUUAUUUCAUAGAUGACUAGAAAAGAAAGCAUAAAGAGUUUUCUGUUUAUACUCCAAACUUGAUAUUUUUAGUAUAUUAUUUAAAGAUAAAAGUUCUUGGGUUUAAAAUACAUUAGAACUCAAUGGAAACAUGUAAGCUAACAUUUAGAAUGACAGCUAAAACAAUUCAUUGUUAUGGUACAGAAUUUUUAUGCUUCAUUUUAUUUAUUCCUAAUGUAAUUAUAGUGUACAUUAUAUGUUGUGAAAUUUUACUUACAAAAGGUACAAUGAAUUUUGUUUUAUUGCCAAGCUUUAAAUAUAAAUUGCAGAGUGGUUCAGUCAAAAGCUACUGUAUAUUGUUGUUUGUUAUUAUGUAUGUGUAAUAUUUCAAUCAUAAAAGUGAAAUUCACAUGUCUGUAAUCUAACUACAAAUUGUCAGAUUUCUCAAAAGGACACUGUCAGGCAAAUUUGAAAAUAUACACAUUGAGAAUAAUUUUUUAUUAUAUCCUAUUUUAAUAUUAACAGUUAUUAUAAACAAAAUUUUUGUUAAAUAGUAGCUUCAGUAUAUGUAUCAUAUUUUAUAGUAUCCAAACUAUAGAAGUCUACAACAUCCUGACAUAAACCAUUCUUUUACUUAGCAUAGAUAUACCACAGAAGGCUUUUCAAAUUAAUUGCAAAAUGUGCAUUAGAUAUUGACUUAGAGUGAACUGCCUUUUUUAUCCUGAUUCACAACACCUAUUCCUGUUUGGUGUUCUUUGUCUUGAAUGAAAAGAAGUCUACAUUAAUAAAGUUAUAGGAAAAGUUAUCCCACUGUUUAGUAAAAUGUUUUGGUUUGGUGCUCUUAAUAAUUUAUUAAAAAGCCUUUUGGAAUAUUUCAUAAAGGUUUUUUAAGCAGUUUUUUCACUGCCUUUUUAUUAUUGACAUGUCUAAAACCAAACUGAGAUGGCUUUAGGAAUCAGAUUUUUAGUAUUAGGAAUGUGUAACAAUUUUGAUUUCUGAAAAAUCAUGAAACUUUUCCUACGCUACACUCACCAGGUUCUUUAGUCUUUUAUUCAUUCAACACACAACACACACAAACACAUACACAUACAUACACCAUACAUACACACAGUCAUAUACAUGCACAGUAUUGUGCUAAACACUGUGGAAGCUUAAAAAGUCAAAGAGAUUACAUCCUAGCUGGAAGUAGAAGGCAAACAAGACAUGAAUAAUAAUAUAUGCAGGUUGAAGUGAAUACAAAUUACACACGAGUGUCAGGGACAUAAAUGGAGGAGUGUGAAGUUUGGUUAGGGAAAGAUUCCUGGGGGAGGGGUUCUUGAGUCAUAUUUGGAAGGAUGAUUUGUUAGGUGGUCAGGGUACGAGACAAAAAGACCCAAGAAUGGGGUCGGAGGCAUUACUGACUAGAGUAGGCUAUUCCUUGUGACAAUUUAAAUUUAAUUUUCAGGAAUCUUAGAUUUUCCAAACACCACGUAUUUAGCAUGAGAAAGAUGAGUUUGUGACUGUGUAUACAAGAAUCAUCCUUAAUGACAAACAAGUUGUACUGCCAUAUGCCACCAAAUGAACCUUUACUUAUAAUCAGUAAGGAGGCUGUGAUUGUUCAGAUGUAGAAUAUCACAGGAGUGUCUUUGUGAUAGUAUUCAAGGCCGUAGGUCUGUUUCAAUUGGUAGUGCAACAUCAAGAGUAUAGAUUUGGUUCAGGGCAACUACAAACAAUCACUGAAUAAGCCUUAAAUAUAGCCAUUAUUUUUAUAUCAGCAGCACAAGAGAAAACCAAAAGUCCUUAACCAUUGACCAUUUUAUCAUACUUUAGGACUUUUUUUUUUUAAAUCAGGGUAUAGUAGGCACUAAGUUUUAUUGAGAAAUAUUUAAACCUGAUGAAGGCUUUCCUUAUUUCUUAAAAGUGUGAUUUUUCAAAACACAUUGAUUUUAGUUUUAAAUUUCCCCAAUUUUUUUUUGUUUUUUUAGUUUUUCAAAUUGUACCAAAACAUAAGACUGUGAUAUUUUGCUCUUUCUUCAAUGUGAAUAAAUUGGAGAAAGGAUCUGUCAUUCGUUUGGUGCCCUUGCUAUGCAUUUUUAAAUGUGCAUUAUUUAAUUUAAUCCUGGCCCCAGUGCCAGGAAGUAAUUGACCAGCCUCACACAACACAGGUUUGGACAAAGCUGGUAAUUGAACACAGGUCUGUCUGCCUCCCAAACUGUGCUUUCUCUUAUACCUGCACAAUAACAUAAAAUUGGCAAAGUGUAUUUUUACUUUUCAAGAUGCCACGUGUGCCAAGAAUAAAUCAAGUGAUGUUAAAGCAUAAUAAUAGCAUAUUUUAAAAAAAGCUUUAAAAAUAUAUAUUUUCACCCUGACAGUGACCCUUGUUGUAAUUUGUGGAUUUUGGAAAUAAUAGUACAUAAGUAUAAUUCAAAGUUGUCAAAAUGUAAGACAUUUAGAAAUAAUUUUUAUUUAUAUAGUUAAUAACUUAAUCUUUGGAAAUUCAUUUUCCUUAUUUUGUGUUUCCUUUUAACUGAGAAGUCUAAAACAAACAAAAACCUUGUGUGUUAUCCUGAUAUGGUUGAAUAAAUGAUUAUGCGUAGUUGUUCUUAUAUGGAUAGUAAUAUGAAUGUGACAUGCACAAAUUGUCGUCUUAUGAUUUUCAGAUAAGUGUUAGUAAACUUUUGUGUGAUCAGUAUUAAAGUAGACAUUUUAUUUCAAUCUA